UAUUUUGGAGACAUAAGUAUCUUCAUAAUGCGUUAAAUGUUGUGAAACACUGUCUGUCCAGAGUAAAUGUAAUGAAGGUAGUCAGAGCUGUAUAUAAUUAAACAGGCCUCUAAAGUGCUGUGUGAAAAUGGAGGCCUAGUGGCGCAUUUAUAAAGACCACAUUACUUUCCUUUUUACUACAUUUAGGACUGCUGACAACGUUGUUCAUGUUUUAGUGGCGUUACAGUGAUUUUAUUACUAAAUGUUUUCAUCCUUUGCACCACAAAUAGUAACGUUUUUUUUUUUAAUGUAAUUGCUAUAAAUCAGUUUGGUGAAAUUCACAUGCAGUUUGGUGAUUCUGACUUCUUAUUGUGUUUAGGUUGCCUGUAUUAUAUUUAUUGGCCAUAAUUAAUCAUGUUUUCGCCGAGAAAGCCUCGUGUAUAAGAAGUUUAACACCGAAUAUAGUAUGUUAUUUAAUUAACACCGUUUUUCUACUGCAAUACCACAUUUGACCACUGAUAGGCGCUGUAGAUUAUACAACAGCGCCUCUCAGUGGUCAAAUGUGGUACAUUUGUAACAUCCCUUUAGUCAAGUCGAGAAGUUUUUAUUCAUUAUCAUUCAAGCUUUUUGAAUUCAUUAUCGUUUCCUUUGUGUUUAGUAGUUAAUGAUUACUUACGUAGACUUUUCCUCUGCUAAUGUUAGCAUUAACAAGAUGUUCGCCAUGUAUUGAAUGAUGUUAUUCGCGGAUAUGAAGAGAAAACGGUAUUUACCGUCCUCGUGUUUACACUUGUGUAGAAUGACACCGUUUCUUGUCUGCAGUUGUCGGUAUCGCUUCUCGGCCUUUUGGCUAAGAUCAAGUGUAGUAUCUGUUCUUAUCAGUUUAAUAUCUGAUACGUCCCCUACCCGGGGACCAUAUAUUAAAUUGAUUUUUGGAGCAGGGAGAUGGAAUAGGGGCUUGCUCCGUCCACUCCACGCAUCGACCCGGUAUUGCAGUACCUCCGGGAACGGUGCACCCCCUCUGUACUGUUAAAGAAACGUUAUAGCUCUACAUUUCUCUAGCUCUAAUACAACACUUAUGUCUCUGUGUUCGGAUUAUUUCUGGACCUCUUUAUUUCAGGGCUUUAUGAUCUCUUUAUAAUCACAGUUCACUACAGAGAAGGGGGAUUUAAGGGGGUUUAAAGCCAGAUUGGUUUUAUAGAAGGUACUGUGUUCAUUAAAGUAGCGUGUUUUACACGGUUAUAAUCACAAUCUCUCUCUGCAGCGGACAUACAACUUGUGACACACGGAACUAUUUAUCCGGAACUAUUUAUCGGGAAUAUGGCGCCCGGGCUCAUAUUAGCGGUCGGACACAGAAACUUUCUCUCGUUUGUGCUUAUUUAACAAUCUUUGUUCAAAUAUUCUGAUUAUAGUCACCUGGAAUUGGUGUGUGUGGUGGUGCAGUCACUAGCUGAGGGAGCUGCAAUUCAUACUUACCUGGCAGGGGAGAUACCAUGAUCAAGAAGGUGGUUCACCCAGGGCGAGGCUCAGCCAUUGCACUCCGGCUGUGCUGACCCCUGCGAAUUCCCCAAAUGUGGGAAUCUCGACUGCAUAAUUUCUGGUAGUGGGGGACUGCGUUCGCGCUCUCCCCUGAUAUUCACUGUACUAAAGUUAGACUUUAUUCUAGUGCAUUUGCAGGACUUGUGUAUGUUUGUAGCUCUCUGUACCAUGUACAUCUCUUGUGUAUGUUCUGUAGGUGUGAGCUGAGUCUGGAUCUAUUCAAGAAGUACAGGCCUUCUGUAAGAUACCAGUGCAACUGACGUCAACAUCUAGGACAACACCUUUGCUUUCCUGGACUGUGCAGUUCUCAUAGGGACUGAUGGGAAGCCCCUCUCUCUCACACACGCACACGUACCAAUGCCUGUUUGAUUCUCACCAGCCACUACAACACAAAUUGGGAGACAUCAGGACUACACCGCAGGGUAGAAAGCCUCCCCACAUCAGCAGAAACCAAGAAUAAAGAAAUCGUCAUCUGAAAGCAGUGUUAGUGAAGAUGGUGCCUAUGCUGUUAGUCAUUACAUCUAGAUCGUUUGUGUUUAAGGGUACAGUAAGAAGUUGAGACCGAUCAGGCAGGUUAUUUGUGAAUCUGUCUUUAGUGGUCAGAAUAAUAAUUCUACUGAGUCGAUAACGUGGUGAGACAGUUAGUCUGUUCUAUAGGUAGUGUGUACAGUAUGAGGUAAUGGUCUGUGUAAUAUUAAUAAAUCUAGCAUAUGAUUAAGAUGAUGAGUUGCUAGUGAUGUUUCUUUUAAGUCCAAAUGAGUUUAGUAGGUCCAUAAAUGUGAGUCCUAAAGCAUUGCUUGUAUCGUCAACAUGCAUGUUAGUCUUCUACAAUUAACGCUUUAUCAAAUUUAACCAAUAGGUCUGAAAGAAAAUCUGCAAAUUCUCUAAGAAAAUCAGUGUAGGGUCCUGGGGGUCUGUACAAAGUCACUAGAGCAAGAGACAUCAGUGAUUUUUUUUAUUUAUUUUUUUGUGUAUGUCCAAUGUAUGUAACAUUAAGAACAAGCUCUUCAAAAGAAUUAAAUCUAUGCGGUGUUCUCUGAGUAACAGUAAGGAAAUCAGUAAUGAUGAUGGUAACACCACCUCCACGACUAGUCUGACGAGGCUCAUGCUUGUAGAUAUAUCCUGAUGGGGUAGACUCAUUUAGACUGAUGUAAUCGUUUGGUUUAACCCAUGUUUCAGUAAGGCAGAGUACAGUGAGUCUAUUUUCUGAGAUGAUUUCAUUUACAAUAAGUGCUUUUGGUGCAAGUGAUCUAAUGUUCAGAAGCCCGAACUUUAGGAACUGUUUUUGUUUGUUUCUUUGACAUUUUUCUGGUCUAAUUACGGUAAGAUUAUUUCGAGAACUUCUCAUGCAUUUACAUUUUGAUCUCACUACUCGGAGUACAGACACAGUUUCUAUAGGAUGAACCGCUUCCACCAGGGUGUUGGAGUCCCCCUUCAGGAUCUCCGACUGCCUCAGGCUGGUGUCGUUCGUGCCAGCAUGAAGAACCACAGCUCUGGGGUCUCAUUUAUAAAACUCAAGCUAGAACUUCCAUGUGUGACCCCUCAUCAUGGCCGGGUGAUGAUGCUGCAAGUCAGUCUGUGGAAGAGGCCAUUGAUGACAUGUGGGCAAGUAAGCAGCGACGUCUGGAGUGCAUCCAAUCCACCAGACAUGAGCAUGUACAGAGUAGAACGUAGCACGACCAUCAACAAAGUGGACGUGCCGUAUUGCAAAUGUCUGCAUGGAAGCAACAGCCUGGAAGGAUUCCACAAGGUCCACCACUUUGCAGCUCGGCCCUUUCAGGUUUACCUGAUAAGUGGCAUUGCACAGUGGAACGCAGACAGGAGCUCAGAUGCAGUGUUUGGUGGCAAAGGACGGCGCCACAGGAUAUACUCCGCAACGCUGAACGACUGCCUCAACACCCGGUGUCAAAAGCUGUUAGGAGAAACCGAGGAGCUGCUCGGGUUGGAGUACCUCUUCAGCCAGAGCACGGGUGAAUCCGGACCUUUCUCGCUCCAGGACAUCAUCGAUGACAAUCCCAAGGAAGAGGUGGUUCAGCCUGGACACCCCGAUAAAAGCGAGGACGACGAAGUGUACCACAGCGAUGUGGAGAUGCGAGACGGCGUUCUGGAUGUCGCCCUGUCCCGCAUCACCUUCACAGCCGAUGACCUCCACUGUAAACCCACUGGCAUUUGAGGAUGCCUGCAGUCCUAACCCUCUUCCUGGCUUUCAAAAGCUAGAAACCUUCUGCUCCUUGCUGGUGGAGAUCUGCCUUGCCGAAAACAAGUUUUCACUUACCACUGAAAAAUCCUUGAAGCCUGGAAUGCAGUGGAGGAACAUGAUAAGCAGCCACAGAAGUUUAAUCAGCUGUACAGGACCCACAGGGGUAACACCCUCUACUGUCGGACGAAAAGGGAUGAUCUUGUUGCCGGCGCCUGCUGUGGUUGCAAACUCCAUAAUCAUCUCGCACCAGCCCGGAGAAGAGCGCGAUCCUGAAGUCAUACGAGAGAAUUCAACACCGGAUUCUGGUGGAUGAUCCUGUGUAAACAGGCAUUCCUCUUCCAAAAAUAAACCUCAAGACAGUGCGCGACUUCAUCCAUCAUCAAGAGAGGCUCCUUUACCUCCGUGCUACAAAAUGGUCAUUUACCAUCACAAAGACCACCUCGGUCUCUUCCGCAGAACUACCUCCAGCACCACACAGCCAGCAGUGCUCCCUCCACCGGACUACCCCCUCAUGCAAUAUGUGCCCACACAUAGCACAGCAGGGACGAAGCUGUUGAAGGACAGGACCGACAUAACUAUGCCACUCUCCUGCUCCCCUUUGUACCUGCCGUUGUUGGCGAGAAAAACCCCGGCCAUUUGUACUAUCACCAUGGAAAACAGGGUGUGUGAAUGUUACCAAUACUGUAUCUCUGUCGUCGACUAGCUGAAAGCUGAAGGGCUGUACAAUCUGUAAUGUUUUAAAUGCGCUUUUUGUGUGUUUUUCCCCACUUAGUGCAGUGUGUGUGUGUGUGUGUGUGUGUGUGUGUGUGUGUGUGUGUGUGUGUGUGUGUGUGUGUGUGUGUGUGUGUGUGUGUGUGUGUGUGUGUGUGAGUAAUGUGGAGAAAUAAUGUGAUCUCUAUUCUAGUACACAACUAUUAUAAUUACAAAUUGUCUUUUGUUUAAAUCUGUUUCAACAGUAAAACUAGUACAUAGUUGGAUUUCAUUGUAUAAAAUGUAAAGAUUUUUUUUAUACUAAUUUAUUACUUUUUUCUUAAUCACAUUCAGUGAUCUUGUACUUGCUACACUUUUUUACAAGUGUUGCCCAUUUUUCUUUUGUUCCAAUAAAUCUAUUUUACUUAAUAUAAUCAA